AUGGAGGAUUUGGCGACAAAAUUCAAAAAACCGGAAACACCGCGCAGCCUUCUGGCAGGAACUGGACACUGUUCAGCCCUGAUAAAGUUGCUUCCCGACUUGUCCGACAUCUAUUUCUCCCACGUCACUUGGGAAUCAUAUUCUACCAUGCUUCGCGCCCAGAAGAAAUAUACGUUUUCCACAAAUGAUCCUGGUAGAAGCUAUUCUUUCAGCGGAUAUCCAGGUGAGUUUAAACCACAAUGUACUAUGGUGCUCUUUCGAAGACUAAUCUGGCCUGAAACCUCAUUCACUUGUGACAGGCUUACCACUUAA